UUGACUGUGAAAGUGACAAUAUUCAGUUGUGUCUGGUUGUGCUCUGUGUGCUCUGCUUGACAGUGGAUAUUUCCCAAAAAGAGAGGAUAUAUGAGACAUCAAUGGCUGACAAAUCUACUCCAAGUAGUCUUGCAAGAUACCUCGAUGGUGAAUUUUGGGAAACCAAAGAUCAUAUUCGUGAAGAAAUAUCCCAAGGCGAGCCCUUUCGAACUAGCAGUUAUGGUCUCACGUUGGACCAAAAUAGAGAUUUGACGGUGGAGAGACUGGAGUAUAUCUUAACGAGGCCACUAAUGCGACAUCACCUCAAAGAUCAGAUGAAAGAGAAACAACCAGGCUUCAUAGCCAAGAGCUUGGGUAUCACGGAACUGAUAUGCUCUGCAGAUAUGUCCACUGGAGUAAAGUUGGGUGUGGUCUGUGGCUUGUUUGGUGGUGCAGUCACAAACCUUGGAAGCCCUGAACAGAAAAAAACAUGGUAUCUCCCGGUUACGGAUUCGGAGUUCACUGGGAUGUUUGCCAUGACAGAGAGGGGUCAUGGGAGUAACGUCCGGGGAAUCCUUACAGAGGCCUGCUACGAGCCAUCUACACAGGAGUUCAUCAUCCACACACCGUGUGAGGAUGCCCAGAAGAUGUACAUCGGAAACUCCAUGAAGGGGAAUUACGCCUCCGUGUUCGCUCAGCUCAUCAUCAAUGGAGAUUCCCAAGGUCCUCACUGUUUCAUUGUCCCAAUCCGAGACCGACAUGGAGUCAUGAAUCCUGGAGUGACAGCCAUUGACAUGAAGCACAAAGAAGGCUUACACGGGGUUGACAAUGGCAUCUUGAUAUUCGACAAUGUCAGGAUACCGAGGAAGAACCUACUCAGCAAGUUUGGCUGUGUGUCGGCAGAUGGGCUGUACUCUUCUCCUGUCCAGAACAAGAGCAAACGUUUUAACGCCAUGUUGGCUGCUCUCACCCCUACAAGGCUGGGGCUCACUGUCCAGGCCAUGGCUGCCAUGAAGUUGGGCCUCAUCAUUGCAGUGCGUUACAGCCACAGUCGUCGUCAGUUUGGGCCUAAGGACCAGCAGGAGGUGAAGAUCAUUGAGCACCAGACCCAGUACAUCAGACUGAUGCCUCACCUGGCUGCAGCUCUGGCUCUCACCUUCACCACCAGGUUUGCAGCAUGUAUGAUGGACCAUGCUCUGUGCAAAGGAGAGGUUCUACAGAACAAUAGUUCUCUCCAGGCUCUGGUUGCUGGACUCAAAGCCUACAGUACCUGGGAGAACCUCGCCUGCCUUCAAGAGUGCCGAGAGUGCACCGGGGGCAUGGGUUUUAUGAUGGAGAACCGAAUCCCUGCUCUGAAGUGUGACUCUGAUGUCUUUGUCACAUUUGAAGGGGACAACGUCGUCAUGUUACAGGUGGUGGUAAAGGAGCUCAUGACCCAGUUCACCAGGCAGCUGGGAAACAGUGUGGUGGGCGGACUCAUCAAAACCUGGACCAGCUCAGUGUCUGACAGCCUCAGAACCAGUUUCCUUGGCAUCAAUGUGGAUACGGUGGGGGACCUGAAUUUCCUGCUGAAAGCAGUGUCCUAUAGGGAGAGGGUUCUACAGCGCAGCCUAACAACCAGACUCUACAACAAGGUAGAGAAGAAAAGAGAGGAGUUCUUUGAUGCCUGGAACUCCUGUCUUCAUCAUGUGACCGGCCUGGCCAUAGCACACAUACACAGAGUAACUCUGGAGCAGUUUGCUCUGGCCGUUCAAGAGUGCCCAGUCGAAGAAGACCACACCUUGCUAACGAAGUUCUGUCUUCUCCAUGGCACCAGUCUGGUGUACCAGGAGAGAGCCUGGUAUCUAGAGCAUCACUACCUGACCCCCACCACCAGCCGACAGAUACGCACCCAGCUGUUGGAGCUGUGUAGAUCGGUGAAGGAUGAGGCCCUGAAGGUAGUGUCUGACUUCAACGUUCCCUCCUGCUGCAUCCAGGCCCCAAUCGCUGGGGUGGCCAACCCCCGGGCUGAGUGGGCCUUCUACUCUGCACCGGAGCACCCCAUCCGAGCCUCCAAGUUAUGAGCCCCACUGUGCAGUGUGCUGUACCCAUCUCAGAGUAUCAGCUCACACCUGGGACCGUAUCCACAAAGUGUCUCAGAGUAAGAGUGCUGAUCUAGGAUCUGUCCAUAGAAUAUUAUUCAUUAUAUGAUCUAAAAGGCUAAACUGAUCCUAGAUCAGUACUCCUACUUUGAGAUGCUUUGUGGAUACGGGCCCUGCUCACUGCUUGACUCAUCCUGGUCUCAGUAAAGAGCCAUGGGCUGUGUUACAAUGUCCAUAUUAGCAUACCACUUAGAAUGAAGCAACGUAUUUGGCAUGCAUUCUAAGUGACGUAGUGUGGAUAUUAGAACAGAGCCCAUGAUCUUUUGCCUAAUCUGGACAAGGUCUGAAGACUACAGGCCCAGUUGUUGUCUAGACUAGUGCCAUUAGUCGCAGCCAUAGAAAUGUGACAGUCUCAUUUUCUUUGAUUAUUUUGAUGAAUUUCUAUUUAAAUCUCUUAUCGGUUUUCAAAGAAAUGUUCAAAUGCUUCAUGUUUGUUAUACUGUCAAAUCAGUGUGUUUUUAUUUGAUAUGUGUGCAUUUGGAAGCUUUUGUACUUUGCUUGGUCCAAUCCAUUAUAUACAGUAGAUGCCUAUGUGGCUCAGAAUAGCUUGACACAAUCAGUGUUGCUUAUUGAACAUUUGCUAAUUUUGUUUGUACAUAAAAAGAAGCUUUGAAAUGAAAUUUAUUCAUGACACUAGUGGAACACAACUACAUUUUUAACAACUCUAUUUGUCUUAAUAUUAAGAAAGACUAAUGUAACAUUUGAUACUGGUUUCCCUUACUUGCUGAUACCAAGCCUGAGACCAGACCGUAGGUGUAUGGGAGCAGACUGACUCAAUAGACAGGUAGGCUGCAAUGCUAACAGCAUGUGGUAACUUCACAACGUGGACCAGUGAGCUAUGUGCAAUCACCCACCCAACCAAUAAAAUCCCCAGCAUAUACAGAGACACACUUUGACUGUGAAUCUCUCUGCCAGAUACUUUCCCUCAUCAAGACCGACUAGAUCAUGAUGGCCAGCUGUUUGAUUCAGCAAGAUACAAAAAUGGUAAUUACACAAGAUAUGUUUAAAAUAUAUUUUAUUAACAUGAGCACAGUAACUAAAUGGUUUGUGACACAAUACAUGUGGGAAAUGUAGCCUACUUUAUCUCCUUCAAUUCUCUGAUCAGUUGUCUGCAUAACAUGUUGGCCUGUAAUAUUGAUUGACUCUUGAUGAACAAACAUUGUUUACUCUGUAGGCUACUUGUGCUUGCAUAGAAACCUAAACUUUUCCAUGACAAAGUGUCAUCAGUUUUGUACUGUAUCUUUGUCAUAUCUGAAAAUCAAUUGUCAAUGCUCUUAAUAAAUGUACUGUAUGGUAAUAAAUGUACUGUAUGGUGUA